AUGGACUCGCUAUCAUCGUUUCGAUUCGAUGUCGAAUCGAAUUCCGUUCUGCGCUACUUCUACGGAGUAAAGGACGAGCUUGGAAGCAUCCAGCAAUUCGAAAACCGCACGAUUCCUCGCGAACUCUUCGUGCCUGAGGGUUUGGAACGUCUCGAAAUUCACGAUUCGCUCUCAGUUCCGUUCGUUUCGCACACAGUUCUGCGAGAUUCGAUCCACGUUCUUUUCUCACUGGAACACUGGCGCCACCAGCAAUCGAUCCAGUUCGUAGGAGCGACGAUCGAUGCCUCCGCCGCAUUUGUGGUUUCCGUGAAGGAAGACUGCGUGGUGUGCGACUUCCUCGAUUCGCAAAUGCAUGAAGUGAGCUUGCAGACGAGCGAAGGAACGAUUACGCUUUUGGAAGACGAGCUAAACACGAUUUUCACAGAGAUUUCCGCAAAGCACAACGAUGGAACUAUCAUCAAAAAGCUUCCCAAUUCGCAAUCCGUCGAAAUCCACGUUCUGAUUCUCUCUGCAUUGAAUCACUCGCGAACGUUGACCUUAAACCACCAAGUGUUGCGAGGCACUUCGCACAUCUAUUCGCCCAAAGCAACGCCCUUGUGGCUGGGACAUCGAGGGUGUGGAAUGAAUGCGUCCUGGAAGCGAUCGGAGGGCUGCGAGGUGGAGAAUUCGCUGCGAGGAUUCCAACAAGCUCGCAGUCGAGGUUUGUUGGGAGUCGAAUUCGAUCUGCAGCUCACGAAGGAUAUGGAGGUUGUGGUGUUUCACGACUAUGAGAUUUUCGAAAAGGAACACGGCCAGAAACUCCCGAUCGCUCUGCAAACGCUCUCUGAACUGAAAUCGAUUCCGUUGCCAAGUUCAUCGUGGUAUCAAGGCGCGACUCAAUUCAUCCCAACGUUCGAUGAAAUGAUCACAGACACACCCGGAGACUUGCUCUUCAAUAUCGAAGUAAAGUACCCCACACUUCCAGAGCUCGCCUCCGCCCAUUUGCAAACUUCGAAAAACGCAUACGUCGAUCGCAUUGUGGAGACUGUGGAAAGAACCCACUCCAAUCGAUCGAUUUACUAUUCUUCUUUCGAUCUUGACGUUUGCUUGCUCCUUCUCUACAAGCAAGCUCACUAUCCCGUCUUUUUGUUACUGGACGAGGAAUCGGGAUACGCGGAAAUGGGGCGCGUGGAAUGGAGAAACAGAGGCUGGAAGCAAUAUGUGGAGUCGGCGAUACAGAAGGGGCCUUUUCGAGGAGUUGUCGCGUGCUCGACACUUCUUGACGAAGAAAACGUGGAAUGGCUUCAUCAGCAAGGUUUACUUGUGUUCUGCUGGGGAGACGAAAACAAUGACAGUGAAAAGAGGGAGUGGCUUAAGAAAAUCUCUGUAGACGCCAUCAUUGCUGACCAUUUUUCAGACUAG